AUGAAGACUAUUUAUCUGGUGGGUGCACCAGUAUCUAGUGAUCUGGAUUGGGAUCACGACACACUGCUCAACGAUCCCAUUCCUCCGUUCGGCGCUGGAGAAGCCAGACACAAUGGCAAAGCAGACCUUGAAGAGUGCGGGCAGCGAGCAAGAUGGAGGCUUCUUCAAGAGCCUCGUGCGCAGGAUAUACCCAUUGGCAACCUUGACAACUGUCUUGAGCCCGUGGAUCCUAGAUUUUUAAACACAUGUCAGCUCGUUCAGGUGGAGAAGGGCUCACCAAAGGACGACUCGAUCCUUUCUGAAUUCUACGACCACUCGUUCGUUGCACAUGAGACAUCAGGGCUCUCAGUCUCUCAGCAAGGUGAAGACGAAGUGUCGACCCAGGAAAGCGAGCAUUUGCGAGAGCCUGACGAGAAUGAUCCAGCUUCAGGGGUUCCAGACUCCAACAAGGCAAAAGACUAUCCCUCUUCACUGCCAAUUGUGGGCGCGAUCCGGGACUUAAACAAUGUUCCUACGGCAUAUUAUCUGCAAUCGAUCAUACCCCAAACCAUGACCGUGAACCUUGUGGUCGGAGUGAUUGCAAUCCACCCCCCUCGUCGCGUGGUCACACAACGCUAUAAGAGCGAGAUGGACAUUGUCGAGGUGAUUGUGGGGGACGAGACUCGGGCAGGAUUUGGCGUCAACUUUUGGCUUACUGUCCCGACUCCGGCGGCUUGCAGGAGUCUGCCAGGAAAUCAGCUUCAACAAUCACUGGCUGAGCUUCGCCCGCGAGACAUCAUUCUGCUGCGCAACGUUGGGUUGGGGUCUUUCCGACAGCAGGUUUACGGUCACAGUCUACGAGGUGGAAUGACCCGAGUGGAGCUGCUGGCUCGACGACCUGUUGAUGCGACGGAUAUGGCAGGCAUCGUGACCGAGGAUCAAUUCCUAUCGCAACGGGACGCUUCUCAUCAUGGCCACGCCGAUCGCCUCCUCCGCAAAGCGAUCCGAGUGCGUCGCUGGGUCCGCCAGUUUGUGGGUGAGCCGGAUUCCGUAGGCGGUGAGCCCUCCGGAAUGUCUCAGAUCCAACGUGGCCCUUCGCGGCUGCCCCCAGACACGCAGUAA